AUGUACGACGCCCUGCAUUCCACAAAGUCUUCUGCAGAUGAACCUCCACCCAAAACAUGUAGUGGUGACCGAGGUAUUCUGAUACUCAUGGACGAACAAAAUUCUGUAGCCAGCAUUGCGGUCUACGCUACCACACCAAAGUACUGCGCCACCGGUGCCGACAAUGUCUGUUUUCGAUUUGGCAUCCCCCAAUCAUCCGCCGACUCGGGGUCCGGCAACAUAUAUUUCCAAAUUCAAGCGCCGUCGACAUACUCAUGGGUAGCUCUCGGCACGGGCGAUCAAAUGAAGGGGUCCAACAUGUUCGUGAUGUACCAAGAUGGGUCGGGUAACCUGACAUUAUCAUCCCGCCUUGGCACCGGGCAUUCGAUGCCAGAGGAGGACACCAGUUCUUCGGCGGCAGCCUUGGGUCUGCUUGCGGGAAGCGGAGUGGCAAAUGGCGUCAUGGUUGCAAACGUCGUCUGCCCAAACUGUGAAACUUGGAACGGAGGCUCGCUCAGCCUGACGGACACUGCGUCGAAAUGGAUUGCUGCGUGGAAGUCGGGAUCAUCUCUGGCGACUACGAGCAAGAGCGCAAGCAUCAGUCAGCAUGAUGACCAUGACCAGUUCCAACUCGAUCUCACCCAGGCGACUGUUUCUUCCGAUAGUAACCCCUUCCUCGAGGCAGACGUCGAAGAACCGGGAACCGGAAGCGGAGGCGGCAGCAACGGCGGAGGCGGCAGCGACGAUCCUGGAGAUGUUGUAGGACCUGGCAAUCCAUUCGCGCCUGUUGUUGGCGGUAGGCGCAGGGAUGCGGCUUUGGUUGCACACUCUGGCAUCAUGACGGCCACCUUUGCGGCUCUUUAUCCCUUGGGCUCGAUGCUCAUGCCUCUAGCCGGAAGUUGGAUUGCCCACGCCGUUUGGCAGACUGUUGCCUUCGUCAUGAUGUGGAUUGGCUUCGGCCUCGGUAUUCAUGUUGCGCAAGAGAGGAAUAUGCCAGUACUCGGAAUCAUGCACCACAAAUACUUCGUGAAGUACCGCGAACGCGGUGCGGUCAGUUAUGCUCACAUCUGGUGGGGUCGUAUUCUCCUGAUUCUUGCCGUCGUCAACGGUGGUCUUGGCCUCAAACUCACCGAUGCCAGCAACUCGGCCGUCAUUGCUUACUGCAUCGUUGCAGCCAUCUGUUUUGGUAUCUACGCCAUUGUCAAGUCAUGGGCAGUCAUCCGCCGCGGCCGUCAGGGUGGUCCUCAUUUCCGGAAAAGUGACAACUUCACUCAUCAACAGCGAUAUCCAGUUGGUCGGCAACCUUACAGGCCAAGAAACCGGGUAUAA